CAGGAUCGCUGACAGCUGCGGGAGGAGGAGGCGGUGUGAGGGGGAUGGGUCGGUGAAAGAUAAAACCAGAGGUGGAGACGGUUCGAUAUUGUGGUGACAGCAAGUGAGGAUGACGAUGCCGCAUGUAGGGGCAGUAUUUGCAACAAUGGCAGGGAUGAUGGCCAUCCUUUUGCACUCCUCUAUUCACAAGAUAGAGGAAGGACACCUUGCUGUUUACUACAGAGGUGGCGCGUUGCUGACCUCUCCCAAUGGCCCAGGAUAUCACAUUAUGCUGCCUUUCAUCACCACAUACAGAUCAGUGCAGACUACGCUUCAGACCGAUGAGAUCAAGAAUGUGCCUUGUGGAACAAGUGGAGGUGUGAUGAUUUAUUUUGACAGGAUAGAAGUGGUUAAUAUGUUGGUCCCUUCAGCAGUGGUGGAUAUUGUUAGGAACUACACAGCUGAUUAUGACAAAACUCUAAUUUUCAACAAAAUUCACCAUGAACUGAACCAGUUCUGCAGCGUGCACACUCUGCAGGAGGUCUACAUCGAGUUGUUUGAUAUUAUAGAUGAGAAUCUGAAGACUGCAUUACAGAAAGAUCUCAAUGCGAUGGCACCUGGACUAACAAUUCAGGCAGUCCGUGUUACCAAACCAAAGAUCCCAGAAGCUAUCAGGAGGAACUUUGAACUCAUGGAGGCUGAAAAGACUCGCCUGUUAAUAACGGCGCAGACUCAGAAAGUGGUAGAAAAAGAAGCAGAGACCGAAAGGAAGAAAGCCAUCAUUGAGGCUCAAAAGGUUGCUCAAGUAGCAGAGAUCCAGUACAAGCAGAAAGUCAUGGAGAAAGAGACGGAGAAGAAGAUUUCUGAAAUAGAAGACGCUGCGUUCCUGGCGAGGGAGAAGGCGAAGGCUGACGCAGAAUACUACACUGCUGCCAAAUCUGCAGAAUCAAACAGGCUGAAAUUGACACCCGAAUACCUGGAGCUCAUGAAGUACCAGGCCAUAGCGGGCAACAGUAAGAUCUACUUUGGCCAGGACAUUCCUAACAUGUUUGUGGAGGGGACGAACGGCGCCGCUAAACCCGUGCCCUUGCCUACUUUACUCAAAGCUGAACCGGAACUGCCUAGAGCGAAGUAAAAAAGUCACAGUGAGUCCACAGCUGAGCCUCUGCACAGGGCAGGACGACCUGAUGCAACAAAGCGGUCUUGUCACUGAACAUGCGUUGCUUUGCCGCUAGUUUGGUGAACAGCACAUUUCAGUCUUAAAAUUACAUGGCAGAGAGAGAGAGAGAAAUUGAGAAGUAAGAGUUUGGGACACACAGUGUGAGUCUUACAAGGAAAGAGAACAAUGCCGUCUUUAUGUCUGGGAAGGUGACAAAAAGUACUUAAACCUGCUUUUUUUUUUUUCCUCUUUUUUUUUUU